AUGGAUAUAUUGAACUCGGCACAGGAUCAUAUCCUGUACGACUCUAUUCUCGAACUUGGUCAGGGCGAUUGCAUAGAUGCUCCAUUCUCAACAGUAACUUCUGCGUUCUAUCACCAUGCGAGGAGCCAUCCAGACGCCACAGCUCUCCGCGAUCUCACGGAUGCCCCGAAGGAGUUGACAUAUAAAGAACUCGCCAACAGGGCACAAAAUUUGGCUGCACAUCUCAUUGCUCAAGGUGUCUGCCCUGGUUCGCGAGUUCCCCUUGUUGCUAAGAGGGGAAGUGAUAUGGUAAUCGGUAUAUUGGCGAUCCUUUCAUGUGGCGCCCAAUACGUUCCCCUCGAUGGCGGUGUCGUUCCUGAUGAAACUAUUCGUCGCGUGUUGGAGGAGUCACACGGUGGUGUAGUUCUUUGUUUGACUUCGACAAAGCACCGCGUUGUAUCCCACCUCAGCCAUACUGUGAUUCCUAUUGAUCAAGUAGCGACUCUCUCCCUUGAAGAGAACACCCACAUCGAUCUUGCAUCACCAGAGAGCGGCUGCUACGUGAUAUACACGUCCGGAACAACAGGAGACCCAAAAGGAGUCGAUAUCACUCACAAGAAUGUCACCAACCUCGUGUGCUUGUCUCCCGGAAAUCUGGGUGUGGCAGUUGGCACUUGUGUUGGCUCGGUCCUCAACAUCAGCUUUGACAUGGCAGCGUGGGAGAUCUUUGUCUGUCUCUGUAACGGAGGCACACUAGUCCUUCGAGGCUCCAAUUGGGACUCAACCCUUGAACAGAUCGACGUGCUCAUCUGCACGCCUACAAUUCUUUCCAUAUACCAUCCAACACAAUUUCCUAGAAUAAAGACUGUUGCCACUGCCGGGGAGCCUACCACAAAAAGACUUGCCGAUUUGUGGGCAGAGCAUGGGACAUAUUGGAACUGUUGCGGACCAACCGAAACGACCAUCGUCAACACCAUGCACAAGCACACCGUUGGACAGAAACUAUCAAUCGGUCGACCGACUCCAAAUAACAGAGUAUAUGUCCUUGAUGGCGAGGGCAAGCCGGCACCUAUGGGCACCGUUGGGGUAAUGUGGGCUGGCGGGCUUGGAGUAUCUCGAGGCUAUAUUGGUCUCGCUGACAAGACAGCAGAGAGAUACAAGCCAGAUCCAUUUGCCAAAGAUGGAUCAGUAAUUUACAACACCGGAGAUCUUGGCCGCUGGCAACCCGAUGGCUCAAUCGAGAUUCUCGGCCGGGUUGACGAUCAAGUCAAAGUCAAGGGUUUUCGUGUGGAGUUGGACGGCGUAACCGCAUCUCUGGCAUCGGCGCCUGGCGUGUCUCAGGCGACUGCUCUAUUGAUCGAUGGAGAGAUCCAUGGAUUCACCACCCCACGAAACUGCGAUGUAACCACGACGAUUAAGCAUAUGCGCCAAUACCAGCCCUAUUAUGCUGUACCGACACACCUCCACCCCCUGGACGAGCUCCCCUCAACGCCUAAUGGCAAGAUCGACAAGAACAAACUCAGGAUAUUAGCCUUGGCCGAGCAGAGUACUACCACACAAGUAUGCGAGAGUGAGAAGGUCCAAGAACCUCACGUUGAGCUCAAAAUACAACCCUCCAUGUCCACUUUGGCAACUCUUACAGACAAGUUGGACCUUGAACGCGGCAUUCCUGACAAGACAAUGGCCCGACCGCUUAGAGGUCUAAGACGCAGGAUCUUCAUUGUCUAUCGUACACUGUUCAGUUUGAUCGGAUUACUGAACUUGGCGGCGUUAAUCUGUGUGAUCGCUCUUCGCCUUGAUUCCGAGUGGUUGGGUAUCAUCACUGCUAUUAACCUCGCAGUUGCAGUGCUCGUACGACAGGAGACUGUGAUCAACAUCCUGUACACUGUCUUCUGCUCAGUGCCAAAGAGUUUACCACUCUGGGUCAGGGUUCGCUGUGCCAAGAUUUAUCACCUGGGUGGUUUACACUCCGGUGCGGGUGUUUGUGCCACUGCAUGGCUAGUCAUCUCAACAGUCCGUGGGACAAUCUGCAAUGCAGGUUUCUGCGAAGGUCAUGCGACUGUUUCCUUGGCGACACAGGUCGUAUCGUGGAUUCUAUGUGGGCUUCUGUGUUCCAUGGUUGCCACUGCAUGGCCUUCGUUUCGUAAGCAGUACCACAACGUCUUUGAGCGUUUCCACCGUUUUGCGGGCUGGACAUCGUUGGGUCUGUUUUGGGCCCGCACGAUCCUGACUAUCAAUGAUUCUCGACCUCGAGACCAAGAUCUUGGGCUCACCGCUGUUAAAAGUCCAGACUUCUGGCUUUUGAUCGUGGCAACUUUGAGUAUUGCCUCUUCAUGGUUCUUCCUGCGUAAGGUUCCCGUCGAGACCGAGGUGCUUUCCGAUCAUGCAGUCCGACUGCAUUUUGAUUAUACCGUUCCCGUAAACGGUAGUUUCACACGCAUUUCUAAACGCCCGUUGAUGGAGUGGCACUCUUUUGCAACCAUCCCCAACCCAGAGGCCAAUCGUCACGCCAAGGGGUAUUCUCUGGUAGUCUCUAAUGCUGGCGACUGGACACGUUCCUGUAUCCAAAAUCCACCGAGUUCAAUUUGGGUUCGUGGCGUGCCGACUUGUGGGGUGAUGCGCAUCUCGACUCUCUUUAACCGUGUCGUGGUUGUUGCCACAGGCUCCGGGAUUGGACCGCUACUGGGACAUAUAGUCAAACAGCCUUGUCCCACGCAGCUGAUCUGGUCCACGACACGACCUGAAAAUACAUUCGGCAAAGAGCUUGUCGGUCAAGUCCGAGAUGCCAUCCCAGACGCGAUUAUCUGGGAUACGAAAGCACAGGGUCGACCAGAUCUUGUGCGAAUGGGCUAUAACGUAGCCAAGAGUUUCGAUGCUGAAGCUGUGAUAAUCAUAGCAAACGAAAAAAUCACCAAAAAGGUCGUGUACGGUCUCGAGACACGCGGCAUGCCGGCUUUUGGAGCCAUUUGGGAUAGUUAA